GGGUGAUGGAGGUGGGGGAGGGGGAACGUUUGAUUAAUUACCUGUAGUUUGGCUUCACCUUUUUCAGCUUUCUUUUUUUAGGUCUUUAAGCAGUCUCUUUCAGCCACAAUCCUGUGUCCAUAUAAGUUAAAAGCAAUCAUUUUAAGUUCAGGAUCAUCUUUUCGUCUGUUUCCAUCACGUUAUAUCUCAGAAUUCCUUCGCCUUCCAUCUAACUUCCGUGAUAAGCUUGGUUGACUAUCAAUUGCUAGACUUUCUUUGUUUUCGUAAAUAGUGAGACCAACUUUUCCGUAACUUCACUUUUAAAGCCCGUCUGGACUAAAUUGUUUUGGUCAAUUUGCAUAAGAAUGUAAGUUAUUUUACCUACCUUUAUCAAUAGGCCAUUUCCGAAUUUCCUCGGGCCUCUGUAUCAAAACGAGGUUAAGGGCUCGGCCUUUGAUAUAAAAACGAUUUUUCAUUCUCGUGCAAAUAAAACUCAUUUUCACAAGAAUAAGGUUUUGCCCUUGUCCUCAUUUUGAAAGAGAGGGUUUUGGAACUCGGAAGUUGCCUAUUAAGAUGCGAUGCUUUUGUAUUCACGUGAUGAAUGAUUUGGAUUAUUAUUAUACCUUUGUCGAGCGUGCAAAUUUGCGUCUCGCGUGACUUUGGGCGGAUCCUACAAUUUUAAACUGCGCGGAUAAAAUUUCAAAUCAAAAUGGUUUUGGUACAGUACAUUUGUUACUGUUGAAUGUUCAGUGAGAUUUAGACUGGGAGCUCCGAAUCCUUUGGCAAGAUUGACCACUGAAGUCCACCCAGAUCGGCAAAAAUGAUGUACAAUUUUCCGCCAAUUUUUUCGUAUCUUUCAGUUUAAGCAAACACGUUUGUUCGAUUGCUCUUAGUCUGCUGUUUCAUUUAAAAAGUUGGUUUGCUCAAAAAUUGAAUUACGCUACGGCUUUUGCACGUGUUCAAAAGCAAUAUUUACCGCUAAAUGUAAACAUUACUUUUGCCUUGAUCGAGUUUCACAUGCGAUGUUUCCUGCAACUGAGAUUUACCGUUAAAUGCUAAACAUAGAAUCUAGUUUGCGUAUCUUUUUGUUUUAUUUACGUCUGAAAAGUCUCCAAAAUCCCUCCAUAUUGAUUCGGAAAGGGAAUUAGCUAGAUUAAACAAAGUUCUAAAGGCACUGGCUUUCAGUGAUAACAAGAUAAGUGUAAUUUGAGCCGAUCGGCAAAAUCAAAACACGGUUUCCUGACAUUUUAAAGUAACAAAACAAAUGCAGUGAGUUACAUACAUACAUACAUAGAUACACACAUACAUACAUACAUACAUACAUACAUACACACAUACAUACAUACAUACAUACAUACAUACAUACAUACAUACAUACAUACAUACAUACAUACAUACAUACAUACAUACAUACAUACAUACAUACAUACAUACAUACAUACAUACAUACACAUACAUACAUACAUACAUACAUACAUGCAUGCAUGCAUGCAUGCAUGCAUACAUA